AUGAGGCCGGGGUCCCUGCUGCAGCUAACGCUGCUGCUCGCCCUGCUUAGGAGCCUGCGGGGCAGAGGGUGUGCGUCUCCACCCUGCCAGUGCCACCAGGAGGACGACUUCAGAGUCACCUGCAAGGAACUCCACCGAAUCCCCAUCCUACCGCCCAGCACCCAGACUCUGAAACUCAUCGAGACUCACCUGAAGACCAUUCCAAGCCUUGCAUUUUCAAAUCUGCCCAAUAUUUCCAGGAUCUAUUUGUCAAUAGAUGCAACUCUGCAGCGGCUGGAACCACAUUCUUUCUACAAUUUGAGUAAAAUGACUCACAUGUAAGUACAAGGGGAGGUACAGAAUAAACCCAAACAACAGCCGCCGUUUAAAAUAUUGUUACAUGUAUUUUUUGUGGGGAAACUAUACAACAAUGGGUUUACUUCAAUCCAAGGACAUGCUUUCAAUGGAACAAAGCUGGACGCUGUCUACCUAAACAAGAAUAAAUACCUGACAGCUAUUGACAAAGAUGCUUUCGGAGGAGUAUACAGUGGACCAACCUUGCUAGAUGUGUCUUCCACCAGUGUCACUGCCCUGCCCUCCAAGGGCUUGGAGCACCUGAAAGAACUGAUUGCAAAAAACACUUGGACUCUCAAGAAGCUUCCACUGUCCUUGAGUUUCCUGCACCUCACACGGGCUGACCUCUCUUACCCGAGCCACUGCUGUGCUUUUAAGAACCAGAAGAAAAUCAGAGGAAUCCUAGAGUCCCUGAUGUGUAAUGAGAGCAGUAUCCGGAACCUGCGUCAAAGAAAAUCAGUGAAUGUCUUGAGGGGUCCCACCUACCAGGAGUACGAGGAUGAUCUGGGUGACAACAGUGUUGGGUACAAACAAAACUCCGGGUUCCAGGAGAGCCCCAGCAACUCUCAUUAUUACGUCUUCUUUGAAGAACAGGAAGAUGAGAUCUUGGGUUUUGGCCAAGAGCUCAAAAAUCCCCAGGAAGAGACUCUCCAAGCCUUCGACAGCCACUAUGACUACACUGUGUGUGGGGACAAUGAAGACAUGGUGUGCACCCCCAAGUCGGAUGAGUUUAACCCCUGUGAAGACAUCAUGGGCUACAAGUUCCUGAGGGUCGUGGUGUGGUUUGUCAGUUUGCUGGCUCUCCUGGGCAACGUCUUCGUCCUGCUUAUUCUCCUUACCAGCCACUACAAAUUGACCGUGCCGCGCUUUCUGAUGUGCAACUUGGCCUUCGCAGACUUCUGCAUGGGGGUAUACCUGCUUCUCAUCGCCUCUGUCGACCUGUACACACACUCUGAGUACUACAACCAUGCCAUCGACUGGCAGACAGGCCCUGGAUGCAACACAGCCGGCUUCUUCACCGUCUUUGCCAGUGAGUUAUCUGUGUACACACUAACGGUCAUCACGCUGGAGCGAUGGUACGCCAUCACCUUCGCCAUGCGCCUGGAUAGGAAGAUUCGCCUCAGGCACGCAUACACCAUUAUGGCUGGGGGCUGGGUUUCCUGCUUCCUUCUUGCCCUGCUUCCUAUGAUAGGAAUAAGCAGCUAUGCGAAGGUCAGCAUCUGCCUGCCGAUGGACACCGACACCCCCCUUGCUCUGGCCUACAUUGUCCUCGUGCUGUUACUCAAUGUCAUUGCCUUUGUCAUUGUCUGUUCCUGCUAUGUGAGGAUCUACAUCACCGUCCGAAACCCCCAGUACAACCCUCGCGAUAAAGACACCAAGAUUGCCAAGAGAAUGGCUGUGUUGAUCUUCACUGACUUCAUGUGCAUGGCCCCCAUCUCCUUCUAUGCCCUGUCAGCACUUAUGAACAAGCCUCUUAUCACCGUUACCAAUUCCAAAAUCUUGCUGGUUCUCUUCUAUCCCCUCAACUCCUGUGCCAAUCCGUUUCUCUAUGCUAUUUUCACCAAGGCCUUCCAGAGGGAUGUGUUCAUUCUUCUCAGUAAGUUUGGCAUCUGCAAACGCCAGGCCCAAGCAUACCAAGGUCAGAGAGUCGCUCCAAACAAUAGCACUGGUCUUCAGAUCCAAAAGGUUCCCCAGGACACGAGGCAGAGUCUCCCCAACAUGCAAGAUGCCUAUGAACUGCUUGGAAGUUUCCACCGACCUCCAAAACUACAGAGACAAACCUCAGAAGACUAUAAACAAACGGCUUUGUAAACUGACACUACACCAGUCCCAGCGGGACUGACAAAAGGCUGGU